CAAGUUUUUGAUGGGAUGUAAGAAGCUUGACUUGGAACUAAGGGGAUAAAGCUGGCAAAGAUGAGGAAAAUUGGCUGUGCUCUCCUGGUACUCCAAGCUCUUCUGGCACCUUUGGAUCUUGUUCGUGGAGCAGAGAAAAACUAUCCCAUCCUGAACAUUGCAGUGAUUCUGGGAAGGACCAAAUAUAUAACGGAGAGAGAUAUCAGAGCUCUCUGGACCCGGGAAAUGUCAGCAGACCUGACUGUUGAUAUCAAUGUAGUGACCCUUCUUGUGAACCAGACUGACCCCAAGAGCAUCAUAACACAUGUUUGUGACUUGAUGUCAGGCACCAAGAUCCAUGGAGUGGUUUUUGGAGAUGACACAGAUCAGGAGGCAGUAGCUCAGAUUUUGGAUUUUAUUUCAUCUCAGACUUCUAUUCCAAUUCUUGGAAUUCAUGGCGGGGCCUCCAUGAUAAUGGCAGAUAAGGAUGUCAUGUCCACGUUCUUCCAGUUUGGGGCUUCCAUCCAGCAAGAAGCCAUUAUCAUGCUGAAGAUCAUGCAGGAUUAUGACUGGCACGUAUUCUCUCUGGUGACCACCACUUUCCCUGGAUAUCGAGAUUUCAUCAAUGUCAUUAAGACCACUGUGGAAAACAGUUUUGUGGGCUGGGACAUGCAGAACAUCAUCAUACUCGAUACUGCCUUUGGAGAUGCCAAGACCCAAAUUCAGCUGAAGAAAAUCCAUUCAUCUGUCAUCCUGCUGUAUUGUUCCAAGGAUGAAGCUGUCUACAUCCUGGAUGAGGCUCGGUCCCUGGGCCUUACUGGCUAUGAUUUCUUUUGGAUAGUUCCCAGCCUGGUUAGCGGUAACACAGAAAUCACUCCCAAGGAGUUUCCUUCAGGACUCAUUUCAGCAGCCUAUGAUGAGUGGGACUACAGUUUAGAAGCUCGGGUACGGGAUGGCCUGGGGGUUAUUGCCACUGCUGCAUCAGCCAUGCUGGAGAAGUACUCCUUCAUUCCUGAAGCAAGAACGAGCUGCUAUGGGCAGCUGGAGAAAAAUGACCGGCCCUCUCAAACGCUGCACAAGUUUAUGAUGAAUGUGACGUGGGAAGGCAGAGAUUUGUCCUUCACAGCAGAUGGUUACCAGGCACACCCCAGGCUGGUGGUGAUCGUGCUGAACAACGAGCGGCAGUGGGAGAAGGUGGGCAAGUGGGAGAACAACUCCCUGAGCCUGAAGUACUCAGUGUGGCCAAGGUACAGCUCCUUCGCCGACAGCGACCCCGACGACAACCACCUGAGCAUUGUCACCUUGGAGGAGGCUCCCUUUGUCAUUGUUGAGGAUGUGGAUCCUCUCAUGGAAAGCUGCCAAAAAAACACUGUGCCAUGCCGGAAAUUCGUCAAACUUAACAACAAAACUAAUGAGGGAACUAACGUAAAGAAGUGCUGCAAAGGAUUCUGCAUCGAUAUCUUGAAGAAGUUGUCUAAAACUGUCAAGUUCACAUAUGACCUGUACUUGGUGACGAAUGGGAAGCAUGGCAAAAAAGUCAAUAACGUGUGGAACGGAAUGAUUGGUGAAGUGGUGUAUCAGCGGGCAGUCAUGGCUGUGGGCUCCCUCACCAUCAAUGAGGAGCGCUCCGAAGUCGUCGACUUUUCGGUGCCCUUCGUGGAGACUGGGAUCAGUGUCAUGGUGUCCCGGAGCAACGGCACCGUUUCACCAUCUGCUUUUCUAGAGCCUUUUAGUGCUUCUGUCUGGGUGAUGAUGUUUGUGAUGCUUCUCAUCGUGUCUGCCAUGGCUGUCUUUAUAUUUGAGUACUUUAGUCCUGUAGGAUACAACAGGAACUUAGCACAAGGGAGAGAUCCCCAUGGCCCAUCCUUUACCAUUGGGAAGGCGGUGUGGUUACUGUGGGGCUUGGUCUUCAACAACUCUGUGCCUGUGCAAAACCCCAAGGGGACGACGAGUAAAAUCAUGGUGUCAGUCUGGGCUUUCUUUGCUGUCAUUUUCCUGGCCAGUUACACUGCCAACUUAGCUGCCUUUAUGAUUCAAGAGGAAUUUGUUGACCAAGUGACUGGGCUGAGUGAUAAAAAGUUUCAAAGGCCACAUGAUUAUUCACCUCCUUUUCGGUUUGGAACGGUCCCAAAUGGAAGCACUGAGAGGAAUAUCCGAAACAACUACCCUGAUAUGCACCUUUAUAUGACCAAGUUUAACCAGAAAGGAGUCGAAGAUGCCUUGGUCAGCUUGAAAACUGGGAAGUUGGAUGCUUUCAUCUAUGAUGCAGCAGUGCUGAAUUACAAGGCUGGAAGAGAUGAAGGCUGCAAACUUGUCACAAUAGGCAGUGGGUACAUCUUUGCCACUACUGGCUAUGGGAUUGCUCUCCAGAAAGGAUCACCUUGGAAGAGACAAAUUGAUCUGGCCCUCCUUCAGUUUGUGGGAGAUGGGGAAAUGGAAGAGUUAGAAACCCUGUGGCUGACUGGUAUUUGUCACAACGAGAAGAAUGAAGUCAUGAGCAGCCAGCUGGACAUCGACAACAUGGCAGGAGUGUUUUAUAUGCUUGCAGCAGCCAUGGCACUCAGCUUAAUAACCUUUGUCUGGGAGCACUUAUUUUACUGGAAACUGAGAUUCUGCUUCACUGGAGUCUGCUCAGAUAGGCCGGGAUUGCUGUUCUCAAUCAGCAGGGGUAUUUACAGUUGCAUUCAUGGAGUACACAUUGAAGAGAAAAAGAAGUCUCCUGACUUUUCUUUGACCAAUUCACAAACCAACAUGUUAAAACUGCUGCGAACAGCGAAAAACAUGACCAACAUCAAUCCUCCAAGGAUUGACUCCCCCAAAAGAACAGCUGACUUUAUUCAGAGGGGUUCUUUAAUUAUGGACAUGGUCAUGGAUAAGGGAAACUUGGUAUUUUCUGAUAACAGAUCCUUUCAGACAAAGGACAACUUUUUUGGUGACAACAUAAGCGAACUGCAGACACUUCCUGGCAAUCGACACAAGGACAAUCUGAACAACUAUGUUUUUCAAGGGCAGCAUCCUCUCACACUGAAUGAAUCCAAUCCAAAUACAGUAGAGGUUGCAGUAACAACAGAAGCAAAAGUGAACUCCAGGCCCAGGCAGCUUUGGAUGAAAUCUGUUGAAUCUUUACGCCAAGAUUCUGUACGUCAGGGCCAAGGUUCCCAGAGAGAAAAUGGGUCAGAGGAAAACAGGCAGCUUUCACUGAAGAGCCAGAGAUACCUUCCUGAAGAGAUUGUCCAUUCAGAUGUGUCAGAGACAUCAAGCAGAGCUACUUGCCACAUGGAAGCUGAAAACAACAACAAGCACCACAAAACCAAGGACAAUUUCAAAAAAAGGACAGUAGCAUCAAAAUACCCAAAAGACUGUAGUGAAGUGGAGCUGACAUAUCUGAAAACCAAACCGGGCUCUCCACGGGAUAAAAUCUACACAAUUGAUGCUGACAAGGAGCCAGGAUUCCACUUGGACACACCUCAGUACAUCGAAAACAUUGUCCUUCCAGAACCUGUCGAGCUUCCUGAUGUUUACCAAGAUCACAACGACAACUACAGGAAAGCCGAACAUGCUAACAGGACUCCAUCACAGAAUGAAGACAGUCUUCCAAAUAAUGACCAGUAUAAACUUUAUGCAAAGCACUACACUCUCAAAGAGAAAAAUGCUUCCCUAGGUGACAUGAACGAUAGGUACAGACAGAAUUCCACCCACUGCAGGAGCUGUCUCUCCAACAUGCCCACGUACGCGGGGCACUACUCGACCAGAUCUCCCUAUAAAUGCGACGCGUGCUUGCGCAUGGGGAACCUCUAUGAUAUUGAGGAAGAUCAGAUGCUGCAGGAUACAACGAACUUAUCGCUUCCUGAAGAAAUAUAUGAGCGUACUUGGUCACAAAGUAGUGCUCUGCAAUAUCAUAAAAAGAAUAAACUGAAGAUUAGCAGGCAACACUCUUAUGAUAAUAUCGCUGAUAAGUCCAGGGAAAUUGAUAUUGGAAGACCUUCUCGUAGUAUAAGCUUGAAAGAAAGAGAGAAGUUUCUUCAAAGUAGUCCAUAUGCAAGCAUGUUUAGUGUUCCCUCAAGCAAACUGUUGAGCAACAAGGCCUCACUUUUAACUCAUGCUCUGGAGGACAGUAAGCGGAGCAAGUCUCUGUAUGCUGUUCACUCGGAUGAUAACCCUUUCCUGCACACCUAUCGUGAUGACCAGCAUUUAUCCCUUAGGCGAAGUCCAGCUGAUCUUUAUAAACAUUCAUUGCCAACAAGAGGAAGAAAUGAUAAUUAUUUAAGGUCAUCCAUACAGUCUACAGCAUCAUACUCUUCCAGGGAUGGUCGGAUCCAUAAUGACAUGUACAUUUCAGAGCAUGUUUUGCCUUACGUUGCAAAUAGGAAUAGCUUGUACUCAACUUCAAGGGUUUUAAAUUCCUGUAGCAAUACACGUGUGUAUAAGAAAAGGCCUAGCAUUGAAUCAGAUGUUUAAAUUUUCCAUGAACACUUUAUCUAUAGGGAAAGAAUAGUUGCCACCAUCUUAGAGGGAGAAUUUUUCCUUUAACGGUAUCCUGCUCUGGUAAAUGACGUAAACCUCUCCCUUUCCCAAUGUACUUUUGUACAUGAAUAGGUAAACUGGUAUGCUCUGAACUAUCCUUUUAAAAUAUGUCUUGUUGGAAAGGAGAAAAAAUAGCCAUUUAUGUAUGCUUUACAUAUAUAAAUGGCAAGAUGUACUGAAAUA